AUGCGUGUCUCAGCUCUCCUUCUCGUCGUGUUUAGCCUACCAGCUUUUGCGACCCUACUUGACACGCAAUUCCCGCAUAUGCUUCUGCCUCUCAAGAAGUCUCGGCCAGAUACCGCUUUUCUGACCCAGAAAAACGCGACCGUCAUCUACGACGACAGAUCCCUUAAUGAGCAAUGGACAGCCGUCAACUACGAUGUCCCUGACAAUGCCGCAAAUAUCUGUCGCCUCCGAUUCCUCAUCAACACUGACAUCUUGAAGAAUGCCCCACUCAGCCUCAAAGGUGAAGCACCUUUCGCCAUCAACAUCUCACGCAUCGAACCCAAGCUUGUCAACGGCGGCACUACCUGGAACAACAAGCCAGCCAUAACCGAGCACUACGAUACAUACGUGCUGUCUAUGAACGGCGCUACGGAGGUUGUCAGCAAGUGGUUUUCGUGUCCCAAAGGAAAUGUAGCGCAAUUCGUAAUUCAUCCUGCUAGCAAGAGAUAUUUGGACGUUUACUGGUUCGAGCUAAACUACGGUGCUGAGGAUGGAGGCCCACACGGCGUCGUGUUGGAAAUGCACACCUGA